AUGUCUUUUAAUCCAGAAAGUCAAAACUACAUGUCUGAUGAAAGUCUUAGGGCUUUCGUUGAGUCCCAGAACCUGGAGGGAAUACUGUUUCCUGAAUUUUCUGGGAAAAUCUCUCUCUCCUCCUUGUUCUCUAUUACACUGGAAGAAGUGCCUGCAGUUGAGACAUCUACUGAGAUCACAGCCACUUCAUUAAGCAAUUCAAAUGAGGGCUUAAGAAACCAAGAGGAGAAAAGUGUGUCCAUGCCAGGCACUGGUAAUUUGCUCAAAGCGGCUUUAUAUGAGAAGAUGGCUAAGCUGGUAGAAUUGUUGUUACUCAAGUAUCGAAUGAAAGAAGUGAUCACCAAGAAAGACAUGCUGAAAAUGGUAGUUAGAGAGUAUGAAAAACAUUUUUUUGAAAUACUCAGUAUGGCUUCUGAGCGCUUGGAACUAAUAUUUGGUAUUGAUGUGUUGGAAGUGAAUCGCACCAUCCAAAGCUAUGCUCUCUUCAAAAAACUGAAUAUCACCUAUGAUGGGCUGCAGGAUGGUAAUGAGUGCAAACCCAAGACCGGCCUCCUGAUUUUAAUCUUGGGAAUUAUCUUCAUGAAGGGCAACCGCGCAACUGAGGAAGAUGUGUGGAAAGUACUGAACAGGAUGGGCAUUUAUUCUGGCCAGAAUCAUUUCCUUUAUGGGGAGCCCAGAAAACUUAUCAUGGAAGACUUGGUGUUGGGAAAGUAUUUGGAUUAUAGAAAAGUGCCGAAAAGUGUUCCUCCUCGUUAUGAAUUCUGGUGGGGUCCUAGAGCCCAUUUUGAGAUCAAUAAGGUUAAAUUCCUCGAGUUUUUUUCCCAAAUUAAUGAUGCUGAUUCUCCUACAUACUCCUCUCGCUUUGAGGAAGCUUUGCGAGAUGAAGAAAAUAGAGCCUCAGUUUCACACAUGGCCAUAAUAUAUUCUAGGCUCGACUCAAGUUCCUCCCAGCCUUAG